GUUUUCAUUUCGCUGACACGGGUUUACGUACCGGUAGGUUUACGUUCUUGACUAAAUUCAGCUUUAACAACCGCAGGCCAGCAGCGAGACCGAGAUGAUUUGGUCGAUUGCCAGCGAAUAUGUUACAUCAGCUUAAGCACGACUAUUUUCGAAUGGCAAUUCGUCUACUAGGGAAAACAUCGAGAACAAUCGGGAUAUUUGAACAAUCGAGACAAUCCACUAAAACAUCUCGGACUCGCUCAUUACUAAGCAAACAUCGAUGUUUCCGAUGUAUCGAUGUUUUUUCUGAAUUCCUAACUACGAUCAGCUUUAAAAAAUUUAAUACUUUGCGAAAAUGGCGAAAGUGUUUUUAAAUAGAGAACUAGUUUUCCAAACGCAAGCAGAGAACUGCUUUAGUAUUAAAAACUCAAUUUUACAACGACUUGGCUUAUUACCAGAUGAUAUAUAUUUAGAACAGAAUGGCCGUAAAUUAAUGCCAAAUGACAUAGUUUCUGGAGUAGCUCAGUGCCGUUUACGCGUGUUUGGUGGAAAAGGUGGAUUUGGUUCCAUGCUGCGGGCCAUUGGAGCACAAAUAGAAAAAACUACAAACAGGGAAGCAUGUCGGGACCUAAGCGGGCGUCGUUUGCGUGAUAUAAAUGAGGAAAAGCGGUUGAAAGCCGUUUUAGAGAAAAUGGGAGACUUGGAACGUGAUUCUCAAGAACGUAAAAAACGGAAAAUUGAAAAAUUGCUUGCACUUCCACGCCAUGACUUCAAAGACAAAGAGUAUGAAGAGGCCAGAGAUAAAUUGGCCGAAAAAGUAAAUAGCGCAGUUGAGGAAGGCUUAAGAAAAAGCGAAGAUAAACCUGGGUGCAGUAACCAAUCUUUAAAACGUAAACAUUCAAAACUUGGUGCAAUUAAUACCCAAAAGAAAAAGGCUUUAUGGAUCGACGAAGAUAUCUUAGACUCGGAUGCAAGUGACGAGUCAUCUGAUGAAUCGAAUUCAACGCCCGAUUCUUAUGAAAAAGAAGAGUUAAUAACGGACGAAACUUUACUCCAUCCUGAUCAGAAGAAUAAAGUAAAUAGCGUGGUUACGGAAGGCCCGGGAAAAAUCGAAGAUGAACCUGGGUGCACUAACGAUUCUUUAAAACGUAAGCAAUCAAAACUUAGUGCAAUUAAUGAUAAAAAGAAGAAAGCUUUAUCGAAGAUGGAUGAAAGUGACGAGUCAUCUGAUGAAUCGAAUUCAACGCCCGAUUCUUAUGAAAAAGAAGAGUUAAUAACAGGCGAAACUCAACUCCAACCUGAUCAGAAGAAUAAGGACUCGACAAAAGUUUCAAUCUAAAUAUCUUAUUACGACUUGGUGCUCCUCCGUAAUGAAGUGUAUGUAUUUCGACAUGUGAAACACAUAAUCCCCAAUUCAAAAAUAUUCAUUAUUCCCAAAUAAAAAGUCCCCACACUUUUUUGGUAGCAGUGUCAUAAAAUGCCCACAACACAAAAUCCCAGAACUUUUGAAUAAAUGAUAUUAAUAAUAAUUACGCAUUCGAUCUUCGACAGUGCUUCGCCUGGGUAAAAGAUUGCCGUAAGCGCAAUUUUG